UGUUAAAUAUAGUGGCCAUGCUCCUAGGCGGUCCUUGAGCGGUUGAGUCCCCUAACUGCUCUUACUCUUACCCCUCAGUCCGACUUCGUGAAUCGUGAGGCCAACAAUCCCGAAGUCAAUCUGCGCUGUUAGUUUUCCACCCAGCUGCAGUCGAAUCGCAGCUCGUAAAGUUGCAACAUUUCCAAGUCAGAAUUUUUCCAGUGAUUUGGCUUCCCCCAAAGUUAUACCUCUUUAAAAUUAUAGUUGGUGAUAAAGCAAAGUGAAACAUCAUGUCAAAUCCGUCUGCUGACAGCGCUUUUGCUAUGGAUGACAUUUAUCGAGCCACAACAACGGCGAUUCCCAAUGUAUCUCGAAAUGUGUUGGGUUCGUUGAAAACCUUUGUUGGCGCUGGAACCAAUGAACCCGAUGAAAAAGAGGCUUUCCUGGAUCUCAAACCAUUAACCAGAAGGGCUGUUUCUUCUGAAGUUGGUGAUGAUAUUGAAUUGAGGACAGUUCAAUUGCAAUUUCCAUCUGCUCGUACAUUGGACAAAAAUGCCUCCCUUUACCAGGAAGAGCGAAUUGAAACAGGAAGGGGUACUUUGCUUGUUGCUAAACAAGGCGAUCAAACUAAGCCUGCAAUGAUUACUUAUCAUGAUUUGGGUCUAAAUCAUGUGGCCAACUUCCAGGCAUUUUUUAACUUUUCAGAGAUGCGUAUCCUAUCUCAGAAUUUUUGCCUGUAUCAUAUCAAUGCCCCAGGUCAAGAAGAAGGCGCGGCUACAUUACCAGAAGGUUACGUAUAUCCUACUAUUGAGGAACUUAGCGAGCAGAUAAGCGAUGUGAUGCUGCAUUUCAAUCUUAAAACAUUCAUUGGUCUUGGAGUUGGUGUUGGCGCCAACAUUUUGGUUCGCUUUGCUCUGUCGCAUCCUGAGAGGGUUGACGCACUGUGUCUUUUGAACUGUAUCUCAACCACAGCCGGAUGGAUUGAAUGGGGGUAUCAAAAAUUGAAUUCUCGACAUUUGCGUUCGAAGGGUAUGACGCAAGGGGCCCUAGAUUAUCUGAUGUGGCAUCACUUUGGACGAUUAACGGAGGAGCGCAAUCAUGAUUUGGUUCAUGUUUAUCGUGAAUACUUUGAACAUCACGUCAAUCCAAUGAAUUUGUCGUUGUUCAUCGAUUCGUACAUUCAACGUACAGAUCUAAGUAUCACUCGUGAGUUAGAUCCGAAUCGCCGGGCAUCAGUGCGGACUGUGGAAGUGCCUGUCUUGAAUUUGACUGGAGCACUUAGUCCUCACGUCGAUGACACAGUGACUUUUAAUUCGAGAUUAGAUCCAUCAACUUCUACUUGGAUCAAAUUACAAGAUUGCGGAAUGGUUCUUGAAGAACAACCCGCGAAAAUUGUUGAGGCUCUCCGGCUCUUCCUCCAAGGGAAUGGAUACGCUCUGAGUUUAUCUCGGAAGCCAUUAGCUUCAGCUUCAGCAGAAGUCCUUGUUUCGGUCUCUCCGACGUCGACUAUUCCUUUAGCUCCUUCUCCUUCCUCAUCAGCGAACAAACUACUUUUAUUUGGAGAUGGUAUUCAACUGGAUAUUAAGAAUUGCUCUUCACCUGAUGUGGUUGCUGAUAUCCGUAUUACGGAAAACCCUAUAUCUAAUGUCAAUGUUACUGCUUCCACUAACGCUUGAUGGAAUGUUUAAUACCUUGUGUAACGUUGAUCCCCAAUAUUUGACCUAGUCUUGUGUUAGCGACAUAAUAGAGCAUUGCUUUCGCGUUAAACCUUCCCUCUUUAGACUAGUUAGGACGCAUGGGAGUCACCACCAAAAGUAUUUGUUCUAACAGUUUGAUUUCAUUGUUAGUCUAACUAGAAUUAGUGAGAACCUUAAGCCAUUUUAUCUCAUCCUUGAAUUUAAUGCCCUGUUUUAUUGUUGUACUUAAAAUUUAACUCUGAACCAACUUGGCAAGUUUAAAAUUUCUAUUGCUUAAAAUGCUCAUGCAGGAAAUGAUUGUCGGGUCAGUUAUUGCAGUUAUUUUUUAAUCUAAGCAAUGGUGCUAAUGUGCUUGAAUUAUUCUAACACGACAUGUUACGUUUGAUGCUUCGAUGCCGCCUUGCUCUCGUUGAACUAUUUAUUUGUGUGGUACGCAAUCCCGGAGUGGGGGACUUAAACAUAAUUCUUUAAUUCACACUUUCAUGGCGGUGGUUAGUUAAACCUGAGUCAUGUUGUAGUUAAGGGCGAAAGAGAAAACUGAGGAUUUGUCUUGUUUUCACACAGCCUUCGCAAAAUAAAAGGACGAACAAUGGGUCACAAGCU